UCAACCCCAAAUUUCCUUAAGUUUCUUGUGGCUCGAAUAGCUAAACUGUAGCCACCUCCCUAUGUAUGUUUCACCUGAAAUUCACAGUUGUCUUUGUUUUAUGCUGGAGGGCCAAGAUGACAAACCUGGUCCUGAGAAUAACCUAGGUGUUUUCUUUUAAAAACAAACAAAAUACAAAAAAACCCAAACAAACCCCCAUUGUGUGUGUGUAACCAUUUGGCUUGCUGGGACUUCUUUGUAAAUAUGCAUUUUUACCAUGAUGAAUUGUUCAUACCUGUUCCAUCCAGCUAUUUUGAUCACUCAAGUUUGGUUUUGCCACGUGUUAUAUGGUGGAGUUGGAUACUGGGGCCAAGCUAAAGGGAUCCCCAGACAAGUGGAUUUCCUUAGUGUUGCCCAAAAUUGCUUGGAACAGUCUUGAAUUGUGUUUUUCGGUUCUUGUAGUUUAGGUGCAAGGGGUCUUCUGUAAUCGGUAAACUGAAAUUCUUUAAAAUGGACUGUGGUGACGGAGUGCACCUACUGAAACCUCUUGGUGUGGAAGGGUGAUAGCUUGUUGGAGCAUGCGAAUGGCAAGCGCGUGGAGGAGUUGAUGGGGACUGUCUUGGUCCUGCUGGUAGGAGCCAGUGUUUUCAGGCUGUUGGGAUGCUGUGCCAUGGCUGUCCCCAGAGAAGCCCAAACUAACCCAUUACUCCCCUCCCCCCCAGCAGUCCCUCAAAGUCUGAUUUCAUGGUCUUGUUGUGAUGCUUACGAAUACGCAAGAUAUCCUUGUAUUUUAAGGAGUCUGUUGUUUGUGGGAAGGCAACUGGUAGUCAGAAUGCAGGCGGGUAGGGGAUGCUUGGAUCGCCUCCAUUUUCUCUGUGAUGCAUCCUCUCGAUACUAGGGUGUUGUAUUUGAGAUGUUGUUUGAUUUUCAGUUCUACAGCUUGGCUAUUAUAUGGCUUUAAAACUCAUUUGUUGUGUUAAAAUCUGUUAACGAACAUUAAUGGGUUAAGAAUGUGAAUUCAAAAUAACCCUUUUAAUGGUGUUAGACUUAUUUUACAGUAGUGCCUUCUCCUAACUGAUGAAAAUUGUGUAGCUGUUGGAUUUUUGUUGUUGGGGAAAACCAGUAGGGAGGCGCUGUCGAGCUGGAGGGGGCUGUCAGCAACGCAGGGCUCUCUGGGGAGCGCCUGACGCUCUGGUCCCAGGCAUUAAGUGCCAGUGUUGGGUGACGAAUGGAGGAGCUAUUGUCUGGGGAUACUGCCACCGAAUUUAAAAAAAGCUACCCCUUGGGUGGGGUGAACCCCAAGGUGGGUUGUUGCUGGCUGCAAUGGCUGUUAGCUCCACUUCCAUUCUUUCAAAAUGGCUUGUAACAGCACCACUUCCUGUCCAGGGAGGAAGUAAUUUUAGCCCAGGCACUGAAAUAUUUAGCAAAUCUUUAAAACAAAAGGCACAAAUUCCAUUUCUUUCUGGUUUCAAAAGGGUGCCUGAGCCACAUGGGGUUAAGGUGCCCCUUCAGCUGGGGUAGUUGGAAGAAGCCAGGGGCUGUGGGGGUAGCAGGCACCCUUUAGGUGGAGGCUAUCUCUUUUUUUGGUAGAAAUGAAGGGGUGGGUCUAUGGUACAUCACCUGAGUUGUGGGGUAAAUGUAGAGAGUGUCAAUCAAAGGCAGAGCUCAGAGCUGGGAAGGAGCUCUAGAUGGCGGCUGUGCCUUAGAGAGAGCGCGCUCAGCUCCGUGCCUUCCCCAACACUUUACGCAACUUUCCCUAACUUUCGGGCAGCCUCAGGGGGCCCCCACAGCCCCUUGCCUCUCCUAGGCACUAAUCGGGGGCUGAGCGGACCUUUUUCGGGCAGAAAAGCAGCUUUUGAGGGCUCCUUUUUCGUGCCUUGCUGGAAAGAAGAAGCCGUGGAGAGAGCCCAGGUCGUUGUUUUUCCAGCUUAGAAGCCAUGGCGUACCUCCAUUUUUGUGCGCUCUCCUAAUGAGCUUUUUCCCCCGGACAUUUUUGUACUAAUUAUCGCUUCUUUUGCUUUAUCGGCAACAUAUUUUUGGGAUUAGAGUAUAUAUUUUUUUUCAUUCUCUGAAAUUCGUAUUUUAUCAUUAUAACUCUAAAUAUUUUGGAUCUAAUGUUUUUCCACUACCCGCAACUAAUAUCGACUUGGUCCUGGCGGCGGUGCAUGGAUCAGGUAGUAAAUACCUGGGCACAGGACUUCAAAGCAAACAGACACCCCUGACCCCCUCUUAAUAUUUAAGAAUAAAAAGAUGAUGAGAAAUAAGGACAAAAGCCAAGGAGAGGAGGGUUCAGUCCACAGCAAUGCAUCGAGUCACUCAGCAUCUGAAGAAGCCUCUGGCUCUGACUCUGCAAGCCAGUCUGAAAGCGAGCAAGGCAGCGAGUCAAACAGCAGCUCGGAGUCCUCUGAAAGUCAGUCUGAAUCCGAAAGUGAAUCAACGGGUUCAAAAUCCCAGCAGACCCCUCCUGAAACCAAAGAAAAACCGGCCUCUAAGAAGGAAAGGAUAGCAGAUGUUAAGAAGAUGUGGGAAGAAUAUCCUGAUGUUUAUGGGGUUAGGAGGUCAAACCGAAGCAGACAAGAACCAUCGCGAUUUAAUAUAAAAGAUGAGGCAAGUAGUGAAUCUGAAAAUGAAAGCCCAAAAAGAAGAGGCCAGAAGCAAAUGAAAAAAACAAAUAAAUGGAAAAGAGAGGUCUCUGGUGAAGAAGAGGAUGAAGAUGGAGGGGAGCAAGGCACCAGUGGAGAGAGUGAGCCUGAACCGAAGAAAGUUAAAGCGAGAAGACCUGCCCAAAGGAGAACAGUGGCCAAAACCAGUGUUAAAAAGCCCCACAAACCCCAGCGUGGGAAGAAGAGAAAGAAACAGGACUCAUCUGAAGAUGAUGAUGAUGACGAAGAUGAUGAGACCCCCAAGAGACAAACUCGACGAAGAGCAGCCAAAAAUGUCAGUUACAAAGAAGAUGAUGAUUUUGAGACGGAUUCUGAUGACCUGAUAGAGAUGACUGGAGAAGGAGCCGAUGAACAACAAGACAACAGUGAAACUAUUGAGAAAGUCUUGGACAUCAGGCUUGGAAAAAAAGGAGCCACUGGUGCUUCCACCACAGUGUAUGCAACUGAAGCCAAUGGCAACCCCAGUGCGGACUUCGAUCCUGAAAAGGAUGAAGGAGAAGUUCAGUACCUGAUCAAAUGGAAGGGCUGGUCGUACAUCCAUAGCACAUGGGAGAGUGAAGAGUCCCUGCAGCAGCAGAAAGUGAAAGGCAUGAAAAAGCUAGAAAACUUCAAGAAAAAAGAGGAGGAAAUCAAGCAAUGGCUGGUCAAGGUAUCACCUGAAGAUGUGGAAUAUUUCAACUGCCAACAAGAGCUAGCUUCAGAGCUGAACAAACAGUAUCAGAUAGUGGAGAGAGUAAUUGCUGUGAAGACCAGCAAGUCUGCAACGGGACAUUCAGAUUUCCCAGCAAACAGUCGCAAAACAUCCUCGAAUGACCCCGAAUACCUGUGUAAGUGGAUGGGGCUGCCCUAUGCCGAGUGCAGCUGGGAAGACGAGGCUCUGAUAAGCAAAAAGUUUCAGCACUGCAUUGACAGCUUCAACAACCGUAACAACUCCAAAACAAUCCCUACCCGGGACUGCAAGGUAUUGAAGCAGAGACCGAGGUUUGUUGCCUUGAAGAAACAGCCUUCUUACAUUGGUGGUGAGAACCUAGAGCUGCGAGAUUACCAGCUGGAGGGCCUCAACUGGCUCGCUCACUCGUGGUGCAAGAACAACAGCGUAAUCCUGGCGGAUGAAAUGGGCCUGGGCAAGACGAUUCAGACGAUAUCAUUCCUGUCGUAUCUCUUCCAUCAACACCAGCUCUAUGGCCCUUUCCUGGUGGUGGUGCCCCUGUCCACUCUAACCUCAUGGCAGAGAGAGUUUGAAGUGUGGGCCCCCGAGAUAAAUGUGGUGGUUUACAUCGGAGACCUCAUGAGCAGGAACAUGAUACGUGAGUAUGAGUGGAUCCACUCUCAGUCUAAAAGGUUGAAAUUCAAUGCACUUAUUACAACAUAUGAGAUUCUCCUCAAGGAUAAGGCUGUUUUGGGAAGUAUUAACUGGGCCUUUCUAGGCGUGGAUGAAGCUCAUCGGUUGAAAAAUGAUGACUCUCUGCUGUACAAAACGUUGAUUGAUUUCAAGUCCAACCACAGGCUGCUGAUCACCGGCACCCCGCUUCAAAAUUCACUCAAAGAGCUCUGGUCCCUGCUCCAUUUCAUCAUGCCGGAGAAAUUUGAGUUCUGGGAGGAUUUUGAAGAGGAUCAUGGAAAAGGUAGAGAGAAUGGCUACCAGAGCCUUCACAAAGUCCUGGAGCCGUUUCUCCUACGCAGAGUGAAGAAGGAUGUGGAGAAAUCUUUGCCAGCUAAAGUGGAGCAGAUCCUUCGCGUGGAAAUGUCUGCUUUGCAGAAACAGUAUUACAAGUGGAUCUUGACAAGAAACUACAAAGCUCUUUCAAAGGGAACGAGGGGGAGCACAUCUGGUUUCCUGAACAUUGUGAUGGAGUUGAAAAAGUGCUGCAACCACUGCUACCUUAUCAAACCUCCGGAGGAAAACGAGAGAGAGAAUGGCCUUGAGACACUGCAGUCUCUGAUCAGGAGCAGUGGAAAGCUAAUUCUCUUGGACAAGCUGCUGACCAGGCUGCGGGAGAGAGGCAACAGAGUGCUGAUCUUCUCCCAGAUGGUGAGGAUGCUGGACAUCUUGGCAGAGUACCUGACUAUCAAACACUACCCUUUUCAGCGCUUGGACGGCUCGAUCAAAGGGGAGAUCCGAAAGCAGGCGCUGGACCACUUCAACGCUGACGGCUCCGAGGACUUCUGUUUCUUGUUGUCAACACGAGCUGGAGGGCUGGGAAUUAAUUUGGCCUCUGCUGAUACUGUUGUUAUCUUUGACUCGGACUGGAACCCCCAAAAUGAUCUUCAGGCUCAGGCUCGGGCUCACCGGAUUGGACAAAAGAAGCAGGUGAAUAUUUACCGCCUGGUCACAAAGGGUACGGUAGAGGAGGAGAUCAUUGAGAGGGCCAAGAAGAAGAUGGUGCUGGAUCAUUUGGUGAUCCAGCGUAUGGACACCACUGGCCGGACUGUUCUGGACAACAACUCUGGGCGAUCCAACUCAAAUCCUUUCAACAAAGAGGAGCUGACAGCUAUUCUGAAGUUCGGAGCUGAAGAUCUCUUCAAGGAGCUUGAAGGGGAAGAGUCAGAGCCUCAGGAGAUGGACAUUGAUGAGAUUUUGCGUCUGGCUGAAACACGAGAGAAUGAAGUGUCCACCAGUGCCACCGACGAGCUCCUCUCCCAGUUCAAGGUGGCCAACUUUGCGACCAUGGAGGAGGAAGAGACAGAGCUGGACGAGCGGUCCCAGAAGGACUGGGAUGAUAUCAUUCCAGAGGAGCAGAGGAAAAAGGUGGAGGAGGAAGAAAGGCAGAAAGAAUUGGAGGAAAUCUACAUGCUGCCUCGAAUCCGGAGCUCGACUAAAAAGGCUCAGACAAAUGACAGUGAAUCAGAUGCAGAAACUAAGAGAAGGCUUCAGAGAUCAUCUGGAUCAGAAAGCGAGACUGAUGAUACCGACGACGAGAAGAGACCAAAGCGCAGGGGGCGUCCUCGAAGUGUUAGAAAAGAUACUGUGGAAGGAUUUACUGAUGCUGAAAUCAGGAGGUUUAUCAAGGCUUACAAGAAGUUUGGACUCCCUCUAGAACGGCUGGAGUGCAUUGCCCGGGAUGCUGAGCUGGUAGAUAAGUCUGUGGCUGAUCUGAAACGGUUAGGGGAGCUCAUCCACAAUAGCUGUGUGUCAGCAAUGCAAGAAUAUGAGGAGCAGCUGAAAGAAAAUCCAAGUGAAGGGAAAGGACCUGGAAAAAGAAGAGGUCCUACCAUCAAGAUUUCUGGUGUCCAAGUCAACGUGAAAUCCAUCAUCCAGCAUGAAGAGGAGUUUGAAAUGCUACAUAAAUCCAUUCCCACGGACCCAGAGGAAAGGAAGAAGUACCGCCUGACAUGCCGUGUCAAAGCUGCCCAUUUUGAUGUAGACUGGGGAGUGGAGGAGGAUUCUCGCUUGUUAGUGGGAAUUUACGAGCAUGGUUAUGGAAACUGGGAGCUAAUUAAAACAGAUCCAGAAUUGAAGUUAUCUGAUAAGAUUCUACCUGUUGAGACAGAUAAGAAACCUCAGGGAAAACAGCUUCAGACCCGAGUUGAUUAUCUACUGAAACUGCUGAAGAAAGAUCUGGACAAGAAAGAAAACAUGAAAGAUGGGGAAGAGGGCAAACUAAAGAAGAGGAAACCACGAGUAAAGAAAGAGAACAAGGCUCCCAAAGUCAAAGAUGAGCAUGGGAAUGAACUCUCCUCUCCUCGGCACUCAGACAACCAGUCAGAAGAAGGUGAAGUCAAGGAGGAUGGCUUGGAAAAGAGCCCAGUGAAGAAGAAACAGAAGAAGAAAGAGAACAAAGAGAACAAGGAAAAACAGACAACCACUAAGAAAGAAAAGGAAAGCGAUAAAGAGAAAAAGAAGACAAAAGACAAGAAAGAGAAGCCUAAAAGCAGUGAAGCCAAAUCUGGAAGUAAAGGGAAGAGAUCGCAAGGUCCUGUCCACAUUACAGCAGGGAGUGAGCCGAUCCCCAUUGGAGAAGACGAGGACGAUGAUCUGGACCAAGAAACGUUCAGCAUAUGCAAGGAAAGGAUGAGACCAGUGAAAAAAGCGCUGAAGCAACUUGAUAAACCUGAUAAGGGACUGACGGUUCAAGAGCAGCUGGAGCACACACGCAACUGCCUCCUAAAAAUUGGGGACCGCAUCUCUGAGUGCCUUAAAGCCUACACUGACCAGGAUCAUAUCAAGCUGUGGAGAAGGAACCUAUGGAUAUUUGUGUCAAAAUUCACAGAAUUUGAUGCCAGAAAACUGCACAAACUCUACAAGAUGGCUCAUAAGAAAAGAUCGCAGGAAGAGGAGGAACAAAAGAAGAAGGAGGACAUGUCCAGCAUGAAGAAGCCGUUCCGCCCAGAGCCUUCAGGCUCCAGCCGCGAUUCUGUGAUGUCCCAGUCUCACGUGCCUCACAAUCCUCAUUCCCAGAAGAUCCACCUGCCCCCUUCCCACACCCAGCAGCAGAUGCACGGGCACCCACGUGACAACUACGGCCAUCCAAACAAGAGACAUUUCAGCAACACAGACCGAGGAGAGUGGCAGAGGGAUCGGAAGUUCAACUAUGGUGGCAACAGCAACCAAAUGUGGGGUGGGGAGCGGCAUCACCAGUAUGAGCAGCACUGGUACAAGGACCACCACUAUGGGGAUCGUCGAUCUCGUGGGGAGCCCCACCGGAGCUCUGGGAACUACAGACCAAAUAACCUUUCCCGCAAGAGGCCAUACGAACAGUACAACAGUGACCGAGACCACAGAGGCCACCGAGAUUAUUACGACAGGCACCACCACGAUUCCAAGCGUCGACGAUCCGAUGAGUUCAGGCCUCAGAACUACCACCAGCAGGAUUUCCGACGGAUGUCUGAUCACAGGCCACCCAUGGGAUACCAUGGCCAAGGACCUUCGGACCACUACCGGUCCUUCCACACAGACAAAUCGGGAGAUUACAAACAGCCUCUCCCUCCACCUCACCCUGCAGUGUCGGACCCUCGCUCACCCCCCUCUCAGAAAUCCCCCCACGAUUCCAAGUCGCCUCUCGAUCACAGGUCACCUCUGGAUAGGUCGUUAGAACAGAAAAACAAUCCAGAUUAUAACUGGAACAUUAGGAAAACAUAAAGUGACUGAGAGGGGGAAAGCGCACGUCUGAAAUACUUGGUUUGAUGCAACAGCGGCUGGUUUCUCCAAGCCAGCAACCAGAAACUCUGAACAUGCUGCUAUCAUCUUGCUGGGUCAAGGAGGAUUUUGGGGGAGCAGGUGGAGGAAGAUUUUUCCCUAGCUCUCUGUUCUGGUUUGGAUUCCCGUUUCCUUUCCCCUGUUCUACCAUUGAAUGCUGGAACCAGCCUUGCUGCCUCAUUCUUUGUUUUGUUUUUGUUUUCCCCAGUCCGAUGGACCCAAGGGAAUUUUCCCCAGCCAGUGUUUCCCCAAACCGAGAAGGCGAAUAGAUGCUGCUUAGGAUUGUGCAGAAGGCUGUGUGCCUGCUCUGACUUGAUGUUACGUGACAGAUGCUGCUUUGGGAUUGGGGAUAAACUGGUUGGGCUGGGCUUCGUGUGUAACCAGCACAGGGCAAUGGGAGGACACUCGAGGAGGGUCAGGAGGGUCCCUCCAUGGCCAAGCUAGGUUGAAAGAGGGACUCGACGUCCCUGCAGAGUGACUCCAAAGGAGCUGGAGCCAUGCUGGUGACAAUCCAUCACUUCUCUGGCCAUAUUAUCAUUUUCCUGUCUUUAUCCAUUUCAAGAAACUGGCUCUGCUUUGAGCGCUGUUAUGUCCCCUGCAACAGAAGCGGUGCGGGGCAUCCUCCUCCCACCUCAGGGCUGGAACUGGCAAAUCUUGACUCUGGGAGGCUUUGGGAUAUGUGGGGGGGAAAAAAAAACCAAACCCAGACUUCCUUAGCAAAGGUUGAUUUCACUGCUAACCAGUAGGGAAGAAAUUGGGGUGAGAACAGUAUUUCCCAGUGGACAGGGCUCAGGAAUUAAUAACAAAACUCCUCUUCUUUUCUGACAUGGACAGCUUGGAUGGCCUAGGAGCUAAUACAGAUGCUGCCUGGGAGCUGCAAGGUCGAAGGACAGCUCGGGGCAUCUGGGGAUCCUGAAGCUCCUCAUCUCCCUGUCACUGAAGUGCUCUAGUCUUUGGGCAAGUCAUUUCUCUCUGCGCUUUGCAAAAUGGUGAUCACAAACCUUUACUGCACCCAAAGGGUAAGGGAUGGAAGAGCAGAGUUAAAUAGGAAUGGACUGGUAACUGAACGGUCACCUUCCUGCCACUGUUCCAGCAGUCAGCGGUAACGCUGAAUUGCUAAAAGUACCUGCACCAAAUGACCUUCUGUCUGUCAAAAUUUGAAACAUGCCUGGGGACUUGGCACCUAAGUGAGCAGGGAGAGAAUGAGGAAUUCAGGACUGGGUCCUUAAAAAUCCUCGCAGCAAGUGUGCUAAGAGCCCAGCAUGGCAGAGGGAAAAGAGGAGUCUGCAGCCCAGCUCAGUGGACUUCGGAGCAAACACUCUUCCAAGUAUUCGAGACACAGCCUACGAUGCAGCACGGUGUCCAGCCGUGGUGUCCAGCUGUGGUGUGGUGGGAGGGGUUGCACACCCUGCAUGACUGCUGGCCAGAAGUAGUGUGGGUGAUUAGUUUUCAGGUCCUAGGUCCUCGUUCAUACCGUCACAUCCCUGGAGCCUACAAAGCUCUCCCCGACAGCCGGGCUGCCCAGAGCGUGGUGUCUGGGGAUGCGUCACCUCCCGGAGCUCAGUAUUAAAGACCAGGCUGCUACAGACUCCUCUCUUGGGUGGGGGACAGAAGCCAAGCCUCCUGUUAAGAUGCCAGUAUCUGACCCUAAUAAGCUGUGAUGUCCUUUCCCCGAAAGACUGAAGGGAGACGGGUGUCCAGGGCUGGCUUCCCGACUCCAGCCUGCGCCUUGGAAGGCGCACCCAAACCGACACUAAUGCCCCCGUGUCCCCGCUCGAUGCAGAGCGUCCCGUGAAACCCACUGCUGUCACCCACUCCUUUCCGAGCCCGCUAUUUUAACGGGACACACGGGAAGCAUUUUGCUCCCCUUUUGUUUUUAUUUUGCAACAUUUCCACCAAACGCAGGGCAAUUUUGCUUCCUUAGCAGGGAACCGGUACGGGCAAAGCUGUGCUGCCCCAAAAAAGUGUUACGCUUGUGUUUACCUGUGCGGGAGGAGGUGAAGGCGAGUCUUCCACAGUCCCCCUUGGAGCUGCCGGGUGACGGGAGGUGUUGAGGUAGCGCGUUUCCACUGCGUUCCUCACGAAGCUGUGAUUGCAGGCGCGCUUGCUGUGAUGCUCAACAAAGAGGUCCUUUCUUUUCAGAGGUAUUAGCUUUUAAUGUGAAAAGGGAAGAAACCUCAGAGGGGCAAAGAGAAUUGUUCUUUUUGUUCACCAAGCGGUGCUAUCGUGAUGGAAAGUUUGUGCCAUACACUUGUAGCAAAAGGCAAUACUGGCCAGACCAGCGUUAGAGCUGGUGCAAGAAAACUUUGAACCCUAGCAAGAGGCUGCUUCUGGGUCCGGAUAUGGGUGUUGCUGCUCGUCCUGGCUUCCAGGUAUGAGGUUGGUUGGGGUUUCCUUCUUGUGCAACAGCAAAAGCUUUACCCAUGCCCACUGAAGAGCUGUCCCCGCUGUCACGUUAGCCUGAUACUGAAGUCACGUAGUUUUGUUCACUUGUGGUGGGUGGGUCUUCACUGGGUUUGGCUUUAAUGAAGCUGGAGAAUUAGAUUUGGGAGAAAGUCCUCCCUGAGCACACACUCCCCUCCCUUCCCCCAAGCGUGUAUUUUAUGCCCCCUCAACAGGGACCAUAACCAGGCACAGUCACUUGGAUGUGAGUGGGAUCAGAGGGGACAGGUCCACAGCCAUAAACUUCACUGUGGUGUUUGUGUCAACAUCUGGUACAGCUUUUCCUUCUGAACCAGCUGUGUGAUUCCCUCUAGCCUCUUGGCAGGAAAAAGUAGCAACUUGCUGGGGUUUUAUUUAAAAAAAAAAAAAAAAAAAAGUUUUUUCAGCCUGACCCCUUUGGAAAUGGUGUAAAGUUGUGAAUUCACACGACAGAAGUCCUGCAGACCAAAACCCGCUGUGGACAGGCGAUGCGAUGCCCAACCAAAGUGGAUACCGAACAGCUCUCUGAAGUGAACAGUUUAAGUGAUCCACACAAAGAUGCUAUUCUGCUUUCACCUGUUUCCUCCCGACCUCCACCUCCCCUCCGGGGAGAGAAGGACUCUUACUGUAAAAAAUGUGGACUUUUAAACCUGUUGACUAAAAACAGUAAUUAAUAUUAAUUUAUAUUUGUGAAAAAAUGCCACUGUCCUAGUGAUUUCUGAUGUAAAUAUGUUGUUUAUAUAGUAUGUAUUAA